GCUACAGCUGCUGCCGGGAGGGUAGUUCGGCGUCACUUGUGGGGGGGAGGGGGGGAGGGGAAAAUUAUCGUUUCGCGAAUUGAAUAAUUUCGCAGCGGGAUUAUGGCCGGCUGUUGCGUCCCCGGCUGCACCAACUCGACCACCAAGGGAUACUCGAUGAGGAGCUUCCCCGUAAAUCGCGAGCGGAGAGAACAGUGGAUCGCCAGUAUUGGCGUGGGGAAGUGGGAGCCCACCGUGAACAAUCGCGUGUGCGAGGCGCAUUUCACCGGGGACAUGUGGGAGAAGGACCGUUGCGACGGCAAGCGCAAACUGAAGAGUACCGCCGUACCCACGAUUUUCCCGUCCAAUUCUGCGCCGUGCGGCUCUCCCGCUGCGUCGAAAAGCUGCAGCAAUAAGAACACCAACGUCGUGAACAUGAUCAUCGCGAGUCUGACGGACGAGGGGAAAGUUGAAAUAGAUUAUCAGUAUCAAUUACAUUCCGGCGAUAUUAAGCUAGCAGAGAAUGGAAAAUCGGAGAGGCAUCCCGCAGGCACGUUUACAUCUGCGAACGUGAGAGAGAAGACGUCUUCCAGUCAGGCCUCCGUCCCCGCGCGAGGAGCAGUACGGCCGCAGGAAGAGGAGACGGACUGGAAGGGGCGAUGCGAGCAAUUGACGCAGCUGUUGUUGAAGCGCGAGAGUGAGUGCUUGAAGCUUCGAGACAAUUUGAGAAAGCGCGAGGAGUUGUUCAACAAGAUAAUACGGAAGAGUUACAAAUGCGGGAACAAUCUGAAGAAACGCAUGCGAAAGCUGAGGGAGCAAAAUCAGAUUUACGACAAGUUGAAGACUCGAUUGGGAGAGAUCUUCAACGAGGAUCAAAUUAAGGCUCUGGCCAAUCAGGGAUUGAGCUGCCGCGAGUGGUCCGACGAGACGAUUAAGCGUGCCAUUCGGUUGAGGCUUGCGUGCGGCAGCGUCGGUUAUCAGCAGAUUCUAGAUCAAAAUAUUCCCUUGCCCUCCGAACGGACGCUCCGAAGAAAAAUGAGCAAUGUUGAAGCCGACGAAAACGUGUAAACCGGAAUUUCGAGGCACUCGAGCAUCUGGACAUAUCGGCAUAUAGUAUUUUUAUCUCCGUUAUAUUGUAAUAAGUACCUUAUUGUGAUACAUAAUAUUAUUUUAAAGACACGGCAUUGAUUG